AUGCUCCAACCAGCAAGCCUCAAACGACAACGUCCCAGUCCAUCACCACCACAUCACAACAGCAACAACAACAACAACUCACUCCAUCAACACUACCAUCAUCAAGAAAACCCAUCAGACCAGAACCAAGAACGAGCUCUAAUCAGGAACCUACGAGCACUGGAGGCAGAACUAUGUGAUCUCAACCGACUAGCUCUACAGUCCGAGAGUCGCUGUGAUCAACUCCAAGGCGGAAGACUAAUCAGAUUGAACUCCAAUAUAAUUAGCAAUCAACAGGAUAACUCCGUUUGGGUCGACAGAUACGAUGCUAGACUAUUACUCAGCCCACCUCCAACGAGCACGACGGAUUCGAAUCUUGAGCCCCAGAUCACCAGUCCGCCGCCCGCCAGUCCGACCGGCUACUCUGAUCUACCGUCCGAUCAUGAGGAGAUGUUCUACUUCGAACCAGAGGAGAGACAGGAGAUAGCCCAAAAGAAACUACGCCGUAGAAGGGAUGAUGAACGCUCCGUUCGGAUCAAGCUACGCGAAGAGGAGGACAGGCUACGUGAGGAAGAGCUACGACUCUCCAAAAUCCCACCAGCGGAACAGAUCACGUUAAUGAAACGGACGUUGGACGCCUUGAAAGGAUCCCCAUCGCCCUCCUUACUCGAGAUCCGAAUCCUCACCAACCACGGUAAUGACCCCCGCUUCUCGUCUUUCUUGCGUCGAGAUGGGAAGUGGAGAGCCUAUUGGGAAGCCAUGAAGGCCGGCCCAGACCCGUCGGAUUCCGCUGCCCCAACUACCUCCUCCUCAUCCUCCACCCAACCAUCCGAUCCACAGGGCUCGUCUACACCUCAUCCUACUAGUAAUCCUGCUCUGGCAGCCGGUGGAUUGGUUGAUUAUGACGACUCGAGCGAUGAAAAUGAAAACGAUGAUCUUGUCUUGUCAAAGCCUCUGAACCCAGAAGAAACAGAGCCUCCAGCUGACAAUAACCCCUCAUCAUCAACAAUUAGAGCAAGUGAAGCAGAUCUGAAAGACAACCCAAUCGAGCCCAGAGGCGAAACUAAUAAUGAUUCAGAACGGACGCCGGAAUCAGAAGCCCAAGCACCUCUCCAAACCACACGCCCAACGCUGCCGAUCGACAACGACGACGCAGGAGAAGAAGACAUCCUUCUCGAGCAGUUGCAGCCCUCCACACUGCUUGAUCCCAUCCCCACACCCAAAACGGUCGACCCCAUCGAACGUCUCAAUCGGCAACAGAGGGCUAAACUGUGGGCUCAGAAUCGCAAGAAAUCUGCCCCCGUCAGGCUCGAGCCUGCUUUGCCUACUACCUCUUCUUGAACUUUUUUUUUCCUCCUCUUGCCCCUCUUUUCCUCCUCUUGCUCCUCUGUUCGAACUCUGUACCCACUUUGUUUACCUUACACACACACUCAUUCCCAGCUCUUAACUACUGUGACCUGGGUCAGAAUAGCCUGCUCAAAUGCGGCUCAGUCAGAAGACACUUCUCCUCCGGCUUGGCCACCAUCAAAAUAUACAUGCCCCCAUCCACCACUCACAUCUUGCCAAUAUCCUUGCUCACUCUGCACUUCUCGUUCUCUCUUCCUCCACAUCCGUUUCUUUGCCUCGUGUCAAAUUCAACAGAUUCUUUCUUUUUCUUUGCGGGGGAAUGUUUUUUUUUCUUUUUUUUUGGAUUUCUUUCUCUCCCCAUUGAAGAUCUGAAAACUGGUCCAUCUUCUUAAUGUCUCGAAAGUUUGACUGUAUAUCCAUUUCCCCCCUUUUUUCCUUUCUUGUAGGGUUCUGUGCCUUCAUGUGAUAUGAUUUUAACAGUGAACCGCCAUGGAUCUCAUCUGAGACACGCUUUUGUAGCAGAGUCUGUAUCUCAGAUGGGCUGGUUAUGUUCAGUACUCUAGAGAAUGAACAAAGUAGGUGUCAAAUAAACUUCAUGGCAG